GUGUCACGUGCUCAGCCGCCAUAUUGGCUUUGGUGGCAGCUGCAGCCGGGAGGGGGUGUGCUAGAGCGGCGGUGCUUCCCUGGGCGUAGUUUCCAUCCUGGGAGAAGGGUCUUGGAGUGUGAGGGGAGGUGGAAGAGAUGGCGGCCUUGGCGCGGGAAGAUGGCGCCCGAGGCCGAGAGCAAGGGCGGCGAGGCUGCGAGCACUAUGACAGAGGAUGUCUCCUGAAGGCACCUUGCUGUGACAAGCUUUAUACUUGCCGGUUGUGUCAUGAUAACAUGGAAGAUCAUCAGCUAGAUCGCUUUAAAGUAAAGGAAGUACAGUGCAUAAACUGUGAAAAAAUUCAACAUGCCCAACAGUUUUGUGAAGAAUGUAGCACAUUGUUUGGAGAAUAUUAUUGCAGCAUAUGCCAUCUGUUUGACAAAGACAAGAAGCAGUAUCAUUGUGAAAACUGUGGAAUUUGUAGGAUUGGUCCAAAGGAAGAUUUUUUCCACUGUUCGAAAUGUAACUUAUGUUUAGCUAUGAAUCUCCAAGGAAACCACAAGUGUAUUGAAAAUGUUUCUCGGCAGAAUUGUCCGAUAUGUUUGGAGGACAUUCACACAUCUCGUGUUGUUGCUCACGUCUUACCGUGUGGACAUCUUUUACAUAGAACGUGUUAUGAAGAAAUGUUGAAAGAAGGCUACAGAUGUCCAUUAUGUAUGCACUCUGCUUUAGAUAUGAGUAGAUACUGGAGACAAUUGGAUGAUGAGGUAGCACAGACUCCUAUGCCAUCAGAAUAUCAGAACAUGACUGUGGAUAUUCUCUGCAAUGAUUGCAAUAGAAGAUCUACAGUCCAGUUCCAUAUAUUAGGCAUGAAGUGUAACAUUUGUGAAUCCUACAAUACUGCUCAAGCUGGAGGUUGUAGAAUUUCACUUGAUCAGCAGUGACCAGCCUAUACUGCACUGGAAAACUCAGCAUUUUCUGAUAGAAAAAGGCUAUCUUUAGUAUCCUAUUGUCAUAAUGUGUCAGAAUCUAUGCAUUAGAGUUGGUGUGUUUUGUACUAGUGUCACAGCAUAAAAUCAUAUUGCAAGUACUUAAGGAUUCAGGGUCUCUCUACAGAAUUAUCAUAGCUCUAUAUUUAAUGAAAGACACUGCACUUGUGUUUUGAUUGGAAAUUCCUUUAGAGUCAGGUUUUUGGAAAGCCAAUGAUGUUUGCCACUGAAAUUCACAUCCAUAGAAGUAUGUAUACUUUCAUGGAACUUUGCUUUAAGUGGCACUAUGCACGCAGACUUCACUUCUAGUUUUUGAUAGAACUGUACUUAAUUCUCAGUAUUAUUCUUGACUUUUUAAGGGCUGUGCUAUGAGAAUAUGUUCUAUCUUACAGUUAAAAUCUAAUUACAUAUGCAUUAGAAUUUUCUAAGACAGUCCUUUGGAUCCUCUAAAUGUGAAUUUUGACGUAAUAACUGCUAAUAAAAUUAUAUUGGAACAGUG